ACCGGCCGCUCACCAGUGCCGAUCAUCAUCAUUAUCGCCGCGAAAGUGAACUCGAUUUUUUUAUAAUUAAAAAAAAUAAAACAAUAGUAUAUUUUCUUUUCGAGUGCAGCAUAUUACAUUUAAUAUACAACUGAAAGAUACAGAUUGAAAAUGUUCUAUCUAAUUGCUUCGAUUUUCCUACUGACGUAUCAAGUUCACGGCCAGAAGGAAGAGUUCAAAUGCCCAGACGAAUACGGUUUUUACCCACACUCGAUAUCAUGCGACAAAUACUGGAAAUGUGACAACAAUGUUGCCGAGCUUAAGACUUGCGGUAACGGAUUGGCAUUCGAUGACACCGACCCCAAAUACUUGAAAGAAAACUGUGAUUACUUGCACAAUGUAGACUGUGGUGCUAGAACACAAUUAGAACCUGCCAUUAGCACACCUCACUGUCCUAGAUUGUACGGUAUCUUCCCCGACGAUGUCAAGUGUGAUACUUUCUGGAAUUGUUGGGGGGGUGAAGCGAGCAGAUACCAAUGUUCUCCCGGCCUAGCAUACGACCGUGAAUCCAGAGUAUGUAUGUGGGCUGAUCAAGUACCUGAAUGUAAAGUUGAAGAAGUAGCCAACGGUUUUAACUGUCCCGCCGCUGGUGAAGUAUCCAGCUCCGUAGGAUCCUUCAGUAGACACGCACAUCCAGAUGACUGCAGAAAGUACUACAUCUGUUUGGAAGGAACCCCAAGAGAAUAUGGAUGUCCAAUUGGUACAGUCUUUAAAAUCGGCGAAUCUGAUGGCAGCGGAAACUGUGAAAACCCAGAGGAUGUUCCUGGAUGUGAGGAUUACUAUGGAGACUUGGACUUGAAGGCAAUUAGAAAGAGUGAGCUGUUAUCAGGAUUAGAAGGAAAUGCCAAGCCUAAAUCACCCGAACCAGCAGCUCCAGUACCAAAAGUCACCAAGCCACAGCCCCAAAGAACUGCACAACAGGCAAGACCUCAGCCAGUAGCUCAACAACAGCAACAACAACAAAGGCCACAACAAAUAGCUUCACAGUCAAAAGACUACGAAGAGGCUUAAAUAACAGUAUUGAGCAUAGCUCAGUAGCUACACAAGACUAAUAACAAAAUUUAAGGAAGUUUUUUUUAUUUUGAAUUAUGUGAGCACUGUUUUGAUUUAUUCACAACCCCAAAGUAUAUAUUCUUGUAAUUAACUUAAUGAUAAACAAAUAGGUUUUAUUUUAUUUAAUUAUCAGAGUUCACAUAAUUCAAAACAAUAUUUUAUUAUUUUUACAUUUUGUUUCCUUAUUUUCCUUUUUUAAUCAAUUGUGGUUAAAGUUUUAUGACCAAAACUAUUAUGUUAUUUUACAUUUUAAUAAUAGAAACUUACAGACAUUACUUAUAAACAUGUUUACAACUAAAUAUUUUUGUAAUUUACUUGUAAACUCAAAAA